CAACAUUCGAACGAGACUCAGAAAGCGGAUACACUAGACAUCUGCGUUUCAUGGCGGACACUAUCGCACCAGGAUUGCCUCUAGACAGCACACACGGUGCGUUCCCUACUUACCACCUUGCAGUACUCCUUUUCCUCUAUCCGUCCAUCGCUCUCUUGUCUCGAUUCUCACGCUUGUUGCUCUGUUAUCUUUCAUCUUUGCUGGACUUUCGCCCAUGUCACAUGCAUAUCAAUCGCCUGCAGCGCCGCUGAUCCACCUCGAGUUCCGCUACCGCCAAGUUGAUACAGUCUUGGCGCUGGCUUAUGGUGGCGCCUGCUUCUUCUCCUUCUGGGCCUUCGCCAUGCAUGCGCAAUCGCCCACGCGCCAAGCUGCCACCCUCGGAUUCUAUCUGCUAAUGGGAUUGGCCUCACUCACCCGCGUAUUAUGGUUCGCUACGCCCUACGGUGUACAGUCGGUGCUAGUAGAGCCACCACGUAUUAUGAUGGGCGACGAAGGUGCAGCCCAGUUCCUGCUGGCCGAAGCAGUGGAGCUUCUGGGCUCCUUCCUGCUCUACAGCGUCUUCGUGCUCAUCGUCAUCUUCUGGGCAGACAUGCUGCGUCGCCUCUUCACACACGAAAGUGUGCGGUCACAUCCACUACGACUCUUCUUCUUCGUAUUUGGCGCUAUUGUGGCCAUCCAGGCCAUGGGAUUCGCAGUGUUUGCAGCCAAGAAAGAGGACUCGUACUGGCUCAUGAUCUACGACGACGUCGUCAUGUGUCUAUUGUCGCUUGGCUCGCUCGCAGCGGUGCUUGUGUACUCAUUCAGGAUGAAGACCGUGCUACAGGCUUUUCUUGAGGUCAGCCAGAUCGACACGACCGACAGGAUCAAGGCCGUUAACUGGGCCACGUCCAUCUGCGCCUUCUUCCUCGUCUCAAACUGCGUCUUCCUGGUCUACUCGAUCGUGAGUCUGGCGCAUUUCCAUCGAGCUGGAGCGUAUCUCGAGUCCAAAUGGUGGUGGCUCUUUGUGGCGUCGAAACAUCUCGUGGAGAUCUUCGUCCUCUACUUUUUACUCUACACGCUGUGGGGCAAGAGCUCGGACGACGCCGAGAACUCCAAGGACGGAUACGAACCCAUUCCGGACUAUCUGGACGACGACGACGUCAACGGCAUCAACACGUCGGGCUCGCUGCCUAGCACGCCGAGGCGUCAUCGCUAGACUAUCGACAAGUGACCAGAAGCGGCUGUGAAUAUAGCGAGCUGGUGGCUUCGAACGAAAUUUUAACAGUAAAACACACAACGAGCGAUCAUAUUUAGCUCUUCCUAAUGCACUUGCGUCUCAUUUGUUUCUA